UAAAGUUAAGUGUCAAUGAAGCACUGAUCUAAGCUUAUGGUCAUGUAGACAACGGUUUUCUCUUGCCGGCCCUGAUGAAACGCCAUAGCAACCGCAACUCAUCACGGCAAAGGCCGCCCCCUGAAUCCACGCCGAGAUGCCAACUCACCGUCGUUAUACUCGAUCAACACCAUCCAAGAAGCUAUUCACCGGUUUCUGGUCGUCUCUUUUGUUUACAUAUCCUCUAAUACCCCCUCUAGAUUUACUGAUUACCCAUACCGAUCACGUACGUGUCCCGAUAUAAAAGCAUGUUCCCAAAACACGCUUUCCUUCCCUCUCAUUUCUUCCUCACGCAACUUCGAAAAUCCCUUCCUUGCGUGCUCGAAAAAAAUCUCCAAUUCAAAAAAAAACCUUAAUUACUCUUGUCACUCUCACACUUACCAUAACUCUCUCCCACUCUUCAUGAUGGAGAACACCGAGAACUACGGCCUCGAGAGCGCCCACCGCCGCCGUCCCUCAAUCCGCGUCGUAAUCUCGCGAAGCAACAUCUACGGCACCGCGCACUCCACCAUGGCCGUGCCCCCCGUCCUCACCUCGACGAACCCGCGUCUCGCCACCAUCUGGAGCACAGACAGCCUCGUCGGCCUAGCAGGAAUGUCCAUCAGCACCCCGCGCGCGAGCACCUCCUCCUCGGGCGCCUCAGCCCAGCUUCUCGGAAACCACACCACGAUCUCGACGAAGGGCAAAAAGCGCGCCAAGAACCUCUGGGCCAAGCUCAAGAACAAAUUCAAGCGCAACAAGUCUCCCGGUCCGCACCCGUGGCGCCGCGUCGUCAGCGGUGGUUUCGGCGGCAUUCUGGUGGGCAAGGAGACCAAGGUCGAGUCCGAGACCAAGCUCUCCGGCCUCUUCAAGUCCAAGACCGCAGGCGACUUCCGCCGCCCCCCGCGCCCGAUCUCUACGAACUGGAAGGCGGCUUAUGAUAACCACUUCGACUUGGGAGACGAGCGCGACAAGAAGGCCUCCGAGAGCACUGUCGACCGCAUCGAGGAGAGAAUCGGCGGCUUGAUUCGCUCGGCUUCUGCGAUCUUGCCGCGUCGACAUUAGUUGGGCGUCUAGCCUACUUGUCGCCAACGUUCUCGGUACUUGGUACAUAGAGUCGCACGUACAGGCACGAGCAACAACGUCUUCUUAGGGGUAUGGAAAAUGGGGAUUUGGUUUUUUUGAUGGGUUCCACGUUUUGUGGAUUGGACAGGUUGGACAUACCCGGAGUUUGGCAGCUGCACUGAGCACCAGAUCGUGGAUGAAGGAGAGGGUUGUCGCUGUUCUGAAUACUUAGCACGGGAGUUUCGGUUUGUACUUAAUGAUGCAUGCCCCUCAUAAGAAGACGUAUUAUUGAAGCUUGAGGACUUCGUCCAUUUCUUUUUUUGCUGUGACUACUUGGAAGUACCUAUUAUUUUCGUAGAAUCUUUAGCUCGCAGUCAUUAAAUGCGUACCGUCGAAGAUCCGUCGACACAUAUUUGUUUAUUCGAACUGAAUCCCUU